AUAUAACGUUCGGUAUCACAGAUAAGGUUACUUUUUAUUCGAGUUCGAACUUCGGUGUCAGUAUAAGCGACGCCUCGAGAGUCGUUCAUACUUCAUUCGCUUGGCCGCCGGCAGACAAGCCUGGCGCCGCUUCCACGUUGUCGAGUAACACUUCUCAAUCAAUGGUGAAAUUCAUUACAGAAAAACAACUCUAACAAUAAAGUGGGAACCUCAACAGCAACCAUGGACAAAGAUCAGGCAUUGGAGGAUAUGAUGGGGAAACUGGGUGACUUCGGGAAGUAUCAGGCAUUCCAGUUUUUCCUGCACAUCCUGGCUGCUUUGACUGCCGGCCUUCAUAUGUUGUCUCUGGUCACCGUUGCAGCUGUACCUGAUCACCGAUGCUGGAUCGAUGGCUUAGACACUGAUGAAUACGUUGCAGACUGGAACUCUACAGAAGUUUUGGAAGCAAUCCCAUUGACAUCAUUCGGAACUCUGGAUAAAUGCCGAAUAUUCACUGAAGACAACGUUACAACCGCUUGUUCCAAAUGGGUGUAUGACACAACUUAUAGAUCGUCUUCCCGCGGAAUUGAGUGGGAUUUCGUUUGUGGUAACAUGUGGAAAGGACCUGUGGCUCAGUCAUGUUAUAUGUUCGGUGUUUUCACCGGUGCUUUAUAUUUGGGCGGUCUAGCCGACAAGGUGGGAAGAAAGCCUGUAUUGUGUUGGUCGGCUGUAUUACAAUUAGUUUUUGGCAUUGGUCAAGCAUUUACUCCUGAAUACUGGUCAUUUUUAGUCGUAACAUAUGUGUAUGGUAUUUUUGGGUCCGCUGGUGCCAUGAUUCCAGGAUUUGUUCUAAUCAUGGAAAUAGUUGGAGGCAGUAAGCGAACGUCUUGUGGUGUGGCUUUCCAUUGCUUCUUUGCAAUAGGUAUGAUAUUAGUAGGAAUAUGGGGAGCUAUAAUUGAUGACAAAACUCUAUUGCAAGUCGUGUACGGAUUACAUAGCUUAAUUUUGAUACCACACAUAUGGAUAAUGGAUGAAUCUCCAAGAUGGCUUUGGGCCCAUGGAAGAUCAAAAGAGGCGGUAGACAUAGUUCAAAAGGCAUUAAAAUUUAAUAAUUCUACUGAGAUAUUAGACAGGGCAGAUUUGGUUUCUAAAGGAAAAAAUAAGGUUAUAAAGGAAUCUUCAUCACCUUCCUCUGCGGGGACAUCAGAUCUAUUUAAGACGCCUAAUUUACGAAUGAAAACCAUCAUUAUAUGUUUAAGCUGGUUUGCAAAUUCUUUAGUUUAUUAUGGACUCACACUUAGCUCAGGUAAAAUUGCAGGAAAUCCGUAUGUAAUUAUAGUCAUUUUUGGCAUGGUAGAUAUACCGAGUUACGCUGUUGUUUUUUAUUUCUUGGAUAUUUGGGGGCGAAGGUCAUUCAUGAGUACAGCUAUGCUUGUAGGGGGAACUGCUUGUGUGGUUGCUGCAUUUAUUCCGAAAGGUGCAAGUUUAUCGACAGCUGUUGUUGUAUUCGGAAAAUUAUUCAUCGCUGCAUCGUUCGCUAUAGUGUUUAAUUAUUCCGCUGAAUUGUUUCCCACAGUUCUUCGUAACUCCGGUAUUGGGGUAGGAUCAAUGUUCGCUAGAUUGUCGGGUGCAUUAACACCCUUAAUUACAUUAUUAGAAUCUUUUAAUCCGAAAAUCCCUUCAGUUACUUUUGGAUUAGUUGCUCUGGUUUCAGGAUUUCUAUGUUUAUUCCUUCCAGAAACCAUGAAUCAGCCCUUGCCCCAAUCUCUAGCCGAUGGUGAAAGUUUUGGAAAAGGUGAUACCUGCUUUUCAUCGUGUCUUGGGAAGAGAACGAACAAAAGUAUUGCGUCAAAAGAAAACGAUGAUGCUGCACAUUCUAUUAUGAUCACAGAAGAGAGGUAAUAAAUUUUGAUGCAAAGUUUAAGACUGAUGUUUAAAAACUCUGCAAACUAAUAAUUAUUCGAAUGAAAGUAUCACGCGGCAAAGUUAUUGGCGAUAUAAUGAUAGUAAAAUAAUUUUAGUAUUUAGAUUGAUUUAUUUAACUUAUCGUUGUGAUAUGGUUGUGAUUUAUACAUUUAAAUAUGAUUUUAUUAAGAUAUUAUGCUUGCUAGGUAUAUUUUCACUUGAAUUCCUUCAAUUUUAUUCCAUGCUUCCCGCCUCCUCCAAGUCAUAGGUACCGAAUUGUGUAGAAAGUAGGGUACCUACGUAACUAAUGGUGUUUUUGAAGCAAGUAUGUGCCUACAUAUACUAUACUGAGACUUCUUUUUCAAUUUUUCAUAAUUUCUAUUUGUUAUUAAGGAUUAAUGAUUUCUUAUUGAUAAAAUUAGUUGAUUUGACACGAUAUUUGAUUUGAAGUCGAGAGUACAAAAUAUAUUUAGUGUGUAAUGUAUUGAGUUAUGUGUUUAUUUUAUUUUCUUAUUGUUACCACUUUAUUGUACCUACCUCAUUAAAGUACCUGCAUAAUAGAUAAGGGCUUAUACUUUAUUAAAAUUACAGAGUUUCAAACAACAUAGGUAACUACCUACCAUGCGUAAGCAUCAUAUUAGUCUGUGCUACCUACUUACAUGUUAGCUUACCAAUGAGUUUGAGACCUUAUUAAUAGACUAUAGAAUACAGAUACUUAUAAGAAAUUACAUAUAUUAAAGACUCUUUUAUACUGACCAUAGUGCUCACACAGUCACUGCCUGGUUUUGGUAGAAAGACGAAUAUAAAUGAAAAUGGUACUUAUUGAAAACAAUACUUUACUUUAUUUUGCCAACAAAGUAUUACCUAAAUUCACAUUCGUGAGAUUCUAAAACAAUUUUAUAGAUUUCUAGCGAGAAUUAGUCUAAAUCUAGAAGCAAAUGGCUUUUGCAAUUCUUGUUUCUUAAAUAAAAAUCAAAAUAUACAAUAAAUUAAAAUAUUUGCAGUUUGCAUUUUUCUUCUUGCUUUAAAAUGACACAGUAGCUAUAUACAAGUUAAUAACUAAAGGUACAGAUCAUAUAUUUGAUUAUUCAGGACUAAAAACAUGGCAUAUAUUUAUACAAUACAUAGAUAACAUAUAUACACAAGCCAAGAUCUACACAGUAGUCACGUACGAGUAAAAAAGUAAGGACUCCGUGUCACCAUACAUAACAGUGAGGCACCAAAACAAGCCGGUAACUGUGUAAAUACAUAGCCCCACGCAUACACUUACACUAAUACAAGCCGAUCGGCCGCCAUUAUGAGAUUUGCCAUCGUCUGUGUCAGAUCAGUUUGUGUUGCAAUAAAAUAUUUUAAAAAUGCCAUCGAUUGUUGUGAAAAAGUGUAAAAACAAUACUAUAAAGGUAUUUGUGGAUUUAUAAUUAUUUAAGGGAGAAAAAAUUGUGUAUCUGGUAUACCCCGUAGCCGCACACACACUAGCAUAAAGGUCGUAGAGUCCUUCUUUUUUUACUAGUCCGUGACAGUAGUCAAUAUAUUAUCACUCCAGAUAGAUAAUAUCAAUCCGAUAUAGUGAUGAUUCAAUAAUUAUCAGAUAUAAAAAUCAAAUUAUGAUUAAGAUAAGUGAAUAGCAAAUAUGAAAAACACAGCCAUUUGUUACCAUGCAACUGAAAUUACCAGAAACAUUGACAUGAAUUUGCUUAUCAAAUAUCAAUAUACCUACAUCACACACACAUACAAUUAAAAGUUGUUUAGAUGUGUUGAGCAAUUUAUUAAAAUUUGUUAAGAAUGUCGGUAAAAUCAUAAAAAUUUUUAAAUGGCAUUGCUUAUCAUUCUGCUUCUCACUCAGCCGAAGAGCCCAUGACAGCCAGACCUUUGUUAUUUUAUAAAACCUCAAAGGUUUAUGUGCAUGUCCCCUUUGCAGGUAAGAAUGACCAGCGACUAUAGAGUUUGGGUUAUAGUGGGGAUAGCAAUAGUCAUAAGUGUCCGGCAAUGGUUGACAAGAUUUGUAAAGUAAUCCUGAAGAAAAUAUAAAAAAAUGAGCUUUAUACUUUAACAACUUUUAGGUACAAUUUUAUCCACAUUUACUACUUGCCCAAGUAACCACAGCCCAAACUCUAUAGUCGCUCGUCAUCCUUACGUGUGUAGGGGACAUGCACAGAAAAACUUUCGACUUUUAUAAAAUUAUGAAGGUUCAAAUAAAAGAAUCAUCAAAAUCAAAAAGGUCGAAAGUUCUGAGGUAAGAAACAUAAUAAAUAAAUACAGUCGAAUUGAGAACCUCCUCUUUUUUUGAAGUCGGUUAAAAUACUAAUAACGAAGGCCCGGAGGCAUAGCUAUGUGUAUAUUUAUAAACACAGUAUACUUAUAGGUCAUGUAAAGCGUUCGGUGACGAUGACGCGAUAUCCAUGGUUUUUGUUCACCCAAGUGCACAAUGUGGUUAUAGAAAUUUUCAUUUCAAAAAAACAACUGCAAAAAAAGAUAUCCCACGAAUAAUGCAUCAAAUUUAUUUCGAUUCACGAUUUUAUUAAUUUAUCCCUACUUAUUCUGCCCAGCCGGCCCUCCAAAGGUACUCCCUGCUACCGGUAUGAUUCCUACACGAUUGAUAUAUACACUUUCAUUAAUAAGUAUUGUGUCCCAAAUUUUACGCAGAAUUUUUGAAGUUUAAGAGGUAAAUUAUUAAUUUCCAGUACUAAAAACUGUCUGCAUGUUCACAAUCUCUUUUUAUAAAGUUAUUCGCAUAGUCCGACCAUUUUGUUACCUAAUUACAAACUACUGGUGUACAUACAUUAUGUGAUAUGUCACAAGCUUAGAUAAUUUAUAUGUCUAGAUAGAGCCUCUUGCUGUUAGGCAGGCAUGAUAACAGGCUAGGUUUGUCAAUUUAGCAUGACAGCUUGUCAAUUUAGCAUGACAGCUAUGUCUUACACUCGCAAUACUCUAGUCACUUUGUUUUAGUGUGCAUCAGUUGCUGAAAAUAGAGGUUAUAAGUUUGCAGCAAUUUUUUUCAACAUGUUCACUACUGUCACAGUCUUUUUAGACACAUAAAUUAUCUAAGGUCACAAGCAUAAUAUGUAUUUUAUAUUAUUAUAAGAAAUUUAUUUAGUGCCUAUUCACCGUUUUAAGAAGUUUGUAUAGAUUAAUAAAGAUAUUGGAAGGGCCACAAAUAGAUAGAAAAAUGAAAGAAUUUGCUUCCCAAUGAAAAGACGAAUUCCGUAACAGCUAGAUCUUUAGUGACUCUUUAUUUACAUUUUAAUAUAAUGGUAAAGAAAAAUCUUCAUAAAUACAUUUUAUAUAUUGAUGGAUUAAAGAAAUACAAACACUUCUUGCACUGGCAGCAGUCACAUUGUACUGCUAACCUCAUCAUACAAGCAUCAUUAUAGUUUAAAAUAAAUAAAUAUAUCAAGGAAAACCUUUUGGUAAAAGCAAAACAAUAAUAAAAAUAAAUAAACAUUUGGCUAUUUACAUUAAAUUAGGAUUUUAGCCUAAUCAAAAAAAUAAUCAAUAGUUCAUAAUAGCUCUGGUUAAAUUGUUUUUCGUUAAAUACAUUCUGUGGAGUGGUUUGGCUUGACAUUAUUUUGAUCUAUGUGACAAUCCACAAGCAAUUAAGACAUAAGUUUUAAUGCUUUCUGUAUUUGCAUUACUAAACCACAUGAAAAUGUUACUUUGCUGUACAUACUUAAACAGAUGUCAAUAAUGUAAGUAGUAAAAUACAAGAGCAAAUAUUUCUGCUACAUAAUAAGCAAAAUUGUAAUCACAUCUAAAAAAAUAUAUUAUAUUAUCAUAAUUACAUUGAUUAGAUUUUAGAUUAAUAAAAUAUCAAUUACUAAGCAAUUCUAUUUCUCUUCCAUUUAAAGGAACGAUAAGCACUAACCAACAUUAUAUUAAUUCAAAAAUCUCUAGGAUUCUAUGUUAUACAUAUUACACAGAAGAUUUUAAAAAUGUGAUAUAAAUAUUGUAUAUAUUAAUGGUUCCACAUAGAUGCAGGUAUAUAAUAGAGUUCAAAUAAGUAAUUCUAUUUAGAGGUGUGUCAUUGAAGGUUUUUAAAUUAAAUUAAUUCAACUGUUUUUUGUUCAAAAAAAAAAACUGUUAAAUUGUCAACGGGUUUUGAAAAUUUAUUAAUAAUUUAGGUUUUUAUUUUUUCAAUAUAAUAUCAAGUCAACAUUUUCGUUCGCAAUUUCAUCAACUGUUUUGAAUUAAGCUGUUUUAGUGAGGCAUUCAAUUUCUUCAUUUAGUGCGAGUUACAGACAAAUAUGUUGAUUGAAUUUAUUAGCUUAUUAUGUUCAACAGGUUUUUUCGUUGAAGAAAAUCAGUUAAUUCCUUAACAAAUAUAAAACUGUUAAUAAAAACAGUUUAUUGAUUUUACAACCACGUCUAAUUCUAUUCAAUGAAUGUAACUGCAAUUAGAUAUUACAGAACAUACUUAAAAGUAUACAGCUUUUUUGUUAACAUAAUUUUAUUUUAAGAUAUUACAAUAUUGUGAACAAUGCAGGUAUUAUGAGAUAAUUUUUUAAAUAAAUUUAAUAAAAAACUUUUGUAGUAGGAUUGGAUACUACAGUAAUAUGUAUUUAGAAUGUAUGCUUAUGUGGUUUUGGUUUACAUAAAUUUUAUCUUUGAAUAGACUAUGUAUGAUAUGUUAAUGACCAACAUGAAUCUCCUAUGUGUCUUAGUAUUAAAUCUUACAAUAAUU